AUGAUGUGGAGGAGCAUUGCUAGGUUCUCUAAGACGGCGGCAGCGGCAAGAACCGGCGGAUCUCGGCGCUGCUUGUCGACGACGAUUCCUGGUCCUUGCAUCGUCCACAAACGUGGUGCUGAUAUUCUUCACGAUCCAUGGUUUAAUAAGGACACUGGUUUUCCUCUGACCGAGAGAGAUAGAUUGGGGGCUACGAGGCUUGCUUCCUCCUCGUGUCAUCUCCUUCGAACAGCAAUAUGA